AUGGCUGAUGUCGCUGGUCCCAGUUAUGCUCUCGGGUCCGUCACGAAUCAUCAGACGGACAACCAAAGGUCACCACCGAGCAAGUUUCCGGAACCUCCCCUUGUUGAGGUGUCUGAGUUGACGGUGGAGCUCGAGGCAUGGGAAGACGACCUUCUGAAUUUGUGCGAUGACGAAGCUGGCGAUAUUGGCGGAAUUCGCGAGGUUGUCGCGCCGACUGCCGCGCCGAUGGGUGCUCUCGAGCUUCCCGCCAUUUCUGCGGAAUUCAGCGGUUCGUUGAAUCAAGGCAGUCUCGAAACGCCGUCGUCACCGAUGCUCUUCUCGCCGUUUUUGCCCGAGGACGGGUUGGCGGCGGAGGGCGAGGGGUUUCUGGACGGACUGACGCCGCUAAGUUCUUUUCACGAGAACGAAGAAUCGCCUCUUGCCGUUCCGAGUGACGAUCUCGACGAGCUGGAUGCGAUCCUCUUCCCAUCCCUGCCCGGUAGCAUGGCCAGCAUGGCCAGCAUCGCCAGCAGCAGCAACCUCUGCAGUCCCGCUGCUCUCCCGCCGCCACAGCACGCGGCUGCGCGCCGAGCGUUGGAUCGCCUGCUGGCGGACGGCGGGAUCGUUGGCAAGCGAGCUCGCAGCGCGCGGGGGAGCAUUUGGAGCUGCAGCAGCUGCGGCCAUGGCGGGACGAAGAACGAGAGUGGCGCAAAAGGGAUACCGCUGGCGGUCCACGAGGUGCGUGAGGUUGGCGAGACUGGCGACGUUCGCGACGUUGGCGAGGGCGAUUGCUCGCGAAGCGGAGGCAGACUGUUACACGUGAAGCGCGAAGGGGGAGUGGCGGAGACGCUCAAGUUCGAUCGAUUGGAACUGGUCGAGUCGACGCUGGGGCCGCUGGUUGAUCGCAUGGGCGAACCGAGAAACGCUGUUAACGGUGCGACCGCUGCGAACGACGCGGAUGUUACGACCGUUGCGAACGGUGCAGCGGAUUGUGCAGCGAACGGUGCUGCGAAUGGUGCGAACAAUACUCCGGCUGCAACAAGCGGCGUUGACGGGCGAAGCAACGGCGGUGCUGCCAGAGGCACCGACGAUCAUCUCGCGAGUCGACACCCCGUCGUCGGCAGCGCUGCUGUCGUGUCGCCAAGCAACGAAAAGACCACGACGUGCCAUUGCCGUGUUGAAGAAGGAGGUGCUUGUCCAGGCAGGAGCGAGGACAGCAAGGGGAGUGAUUGUCGUUGCUCGGGCAACAAGCGCCCGUGGUCGUCCCCGCUCGUUGCGUACCUCCUUUCCCCGCCUUCCCCUCGAUCCGCGAAGCGCCGAAGCCUCCCCGUCAUCCCCGCGCCAUCGCCAAUUUCUCAGGGAAAUUCACCCAGUGGCUUCUUUUCACCGAGAAUGGAGACGAGUGUUUUCAGACUGCCCGCUGCCGCCACCUCCUCCGCACCUGCCGCCACUCCUUCUCCCUCCGCCGCCGCCACCGCCGCUUCCGCUGACGCGCCUGCUUCUUCUCCUGCCGCUGUUGCCGGCGCGUUCCCGUCGCGGCGGUGCUCGCACUGCUCGACGACGACCACCCCGCAGUGGCGCACGGGCCCGCUGGGCGCGAAGACGCUGUGCAACGCGUGCGGCGUGCGCUUUAAGUCCGGGCGCCUGUGCCCCGAGUACCGCCCCGCCAACAGCCCCGGAUUCUCCCCCAAGCUGCACUCGAACCUGCACCGGAAGAUCGUUCAGAUGCGGGAGAGGCGCGGCGGUGAGGUGGAUGAGGGCGGUGAGGGGGAUUGCAGGGCUGACGACGGGGCUGGGACCACUAGAAAGUUGGAGGUUCAGGGUUUAAGGAAGGUUAAGAAGGUGAAGGAGUGUGUAGAGGGAGGGACGGUGGAGGGAUUGGUGGGGAUAAGUGGAAACAUGGGUGUAGCAGUGGUGCAGGAGAAGGUUCAGGAGAGGGUUCAGGAUCAGGAGAGAGUGCAGGAGAGGCUCCAGGAGAGGUCGGAAGAGGAGGUUUCUGCCAUAAGCCCUGCCGUAACCCUUGCCAUAAGCACUGCUAUAAACCCUGCCACAAGUCCGUUGAGUGGAAGGAAGCAUCGCAAGGUUGACAUUGUUGCAGCUCGACGAGCCGACGCCCAGGCAGCAGCGAUGCAACAUGCGACAGCGCUUCAGUCUGCUGGAGGGGUUGUGGAAGUUCAGCCACAUGCUUCCAGUGCUGCCAGUGCUGCCGAUGCUUCUGGUGCUGCUGCUGGUGCUGCUGGUGCUGCUGCUGGUGCUGCUGGUGCUGCUGCUGGUGCUGCUGCUGCUGCUGGUGUUGCUGCUGCUGCUGCUGCUGCUGCCGGUGCUGCUGCUGCUGCUGCUGCUGCCGGUGCUGCUGCUCCUGCUGCCGGUGCUGCAGCUGCUUCUGCUGCCGCUGGUGCUGGCAGUGCUGCUGGCGGUGUCAGUGCUGAUGGUGCUUAUAAUGUUGCUGAAGAAUGCGCACUGCCAUCUGGUGCUGCUGCUUCGCUAACGGAUGCCGUGGAAACAAGAGGCGGACGCAUGGAGAAGAAGAAAGAAGAUGGGCCAAGCAUUGAGCGUUCCAUGGUUAAUGUGGGUGGGAGUGGCAGUGCAAGUGCGGCAAUGGUGUCACUUCAGAGGAGCUGCUCCAGUGGAGCUCACCUUACCACCAACUUUGUUGCUGCGUCAGCUUAA